AUGUUUUCAUCUUCUAUAUCCAUUCUCGUUGGUCUCCUGCUUCUGUCGCUCGGCGCAACGUCCACCUGGGCAGACUAUCCUUCCGGAGAUGAGGUACCAACAGCGACUAUUGAUGCUGGAGUAUUAAUCGGAAAAUCCACUUCACUGCCCUAUGCACUUGGGCCAGUGUAUCAGUAUCUCGGCGUCCCGUUUGCAUCACCGCCCGAGAGAUUCUCUCCACCACAAGCUACUGUACCUUUCCGAGAACCGGUCAAUGCCACAGCUUUUAAGCCAGCAUGUAUCCAACAAUUUCGAUACCCUCUGUCGAGUUCACAAUUCACACAAGCUGUCUUCAACAACCCACCACCCGAGGAGUCGGAGGAUUGCUUAUACCUCAAUGUCUAUGCCCCAGCGACUCCAGCAGGUGGUGCUGGCAGAGCUGUGAUGUUUUGGAUUUACGGUGGCUCACUUCAAUUUGGCAAUGCUGGUCAAGACACAUACGAUGGAAGUAGUUUUGCUGCUUACGAAGAUGUCAUCGUAGUGACAACAAACUACAGAACGAAUGUGUUCGGAUUUCCUGCUUCACCAGAGCUGCCAUUAGCGGAACGCAAUCUCGGCUUUCUUGACCAACGUUUUGCUCUUGACUGGGUUCAGCGAAACAUCCACGUCUUCGAUGGCGAUGCUUCCAAAGUUACCAUCUUUGGAGAGAGUGCAGGUGCCUUCUCGAUCGAUGCAUUACUGACAAGCUUCUCGAAAGAUACGUCGCCGCCAUUCCGGGCUGCCAUUCUUCAAAGUGGGCAGUAUAGCUAUCGUGCUGCUCCUCAGACAUCAAGCUUGCCCGCUUGGAACAACCUAACAGCGACCCUUGGUUGCCCAGGUACAUAUGAAAGCAACUUGACUUGUGUACGGGCGGCGAACGCAACAGCUGUGCGCAACGUCAUCAACCAGAACUCGCUCGUGUUUAAUCCAGUUACCGAUAACACCACCCUGGUGACGAAUCCAGCAGCGCGUCGCCUAAGUGGAGAUAUUGCACAUAUACCAGUGCUGGGAGGUACGAACGCCCAAGAAGGUCGCGUCUUCCAGGUCGGACAAACAAACGUCACUGCUUACCUCCAGGCGACCUUUGGUGUUGCUGCACCUUCUCUCAUUCCCGCGAUUAAAGCUGCAUACCCAAUCGGUAGCAACGGCCUUGGGAAUGAUUACGAUGCAAUCUCGCAAAUUUUUACCGAGAUCACUUUCCAGUGUCCGCAAGCACUAUGGGCCAACGCGACCGCGUCCGUCGGCAUUCCUACUUGGCGUUACUACUUUAACGCUUCUUUCAUCAACACGCAAGCCUAUCCGCAGCUUGGCGCAUACCACGCCUCUGAGAUUCCUCUCGUCUUCCGUACAUACGAACGCGCAAACGCGACGACACAGGAGUACGCUCUUGCCCAAUUCAUCCAAGGCACAUGGGCCAGAUUCGCCAAGAAUCCGUACGCUGGACCGGGAUGGAACGCGGUCGGUACUGGGGCCGAAGGCAAUGUUUUGGUCGGCGCCUACGAUCUUGUAACGGGUGGAUUGUACCAGAACCUUAACGCCACUGUGGUAGAAGGGGGUUGGAGCUUGGGUGUUCUCGGUGACAUUGGGGACGUGAGAGGAAGUGGUGUUACUGUGUUGCCGCAGUCCGGUCUUGAUUACAGAUGCAGCCUCUUCAGGCCCAUCUUUGAGGCUAAUGUAGGUGCACAAGGCAUGCCUGCUCUCUAG